AUGGCUUCCGCUGCUAGGACCUUCACCCGGGCCAUCGCCCGCUCCAACCUCCGCCCCGUUGCUCGCGGCACUCGCUUCGCUGUCCCUGCACAGACCCUCCGCUCUACUGGCCGCCGUGGCUACUCCUCUGAAGCUGGUGCUGGCAAGUCCAACAGCGGACUGUUCUGGGGUCUCGGUGGCGUCGUUGCUGGUGGUGCUGCAUACUACUUCUACAGCAGCGGCGAUGUGAAGGCCAAGGCUACCGGCCCUUUCGUGCCUACCAAGGAAGACUACCAGAAGGUUUACAACGAGAUUGCCCGUCUCUUGGUUGAGAAGGAUGACUACGAUGAUGGCAGCUACGGACCUGUCCUCGUCCGAUUGGCAUGGCACGCUAGCGGUACCUACGACAAGGAGACUGGCACUGGUGGCAGCAACGGAGCUACUAUGCGAUUUGCCCCCGAGUCUGAACACGGCGCCAAUGCUGGAUUGAAGAUUGCUCGUGACUUCCUCGAGCCCGUCCAUGAAAAGUUCCCCUGGAUCAGCUACGGUGAUCUCUGGACCCUUGCUGGUGUCUGCGCCAUUCAGGAAAUGCAGGGACCUGCCAUCCCCUGGAGACCCGGCCGACAGGACGCUGACGUUACCGCUUGCACUCCUGACGGACGUCUCCCCGAUGCUUCCAAGGGCCAGGACCACAUCCGUGCCAUAUUCGGCCGCAUGGGCUUCGAUGACCGCGAAAUGGUUGCUCUUUGCGGCGCUCACUCUCUCGGCCGUGCCCACACUGACCGCUCCGGCUACGACGGUCCUUGGGACUUCAGCCCUACCGUUUUCACCAACGAAUUCUUCCGUCUCUUGGCUGACGAGAAGUGGGCUUGGAAGAAGUGGAGCGGCCCUGCCCAGUACACCGACAACAAGACCAAGACCUUGAUGAUGUUGCCUACUGACUUGGCACUUGUCAAGGACAAGGAGUUCAAGAAGCACGUCGACCGUUACGCCAAGGACAGCGAGGCCUUCUUCAACGAGUUCUCCGAUGCCUUUGCCAAGCUUUUGGAGCUCGGCGUUCCCUUCAAAUCUGAGGACCGUUACGUCUUCAAGACCAGCGAGUAA